AUGGCGAGAAAAAAUGGCAGUAACACCAAGAAGGAUUUCGGAAGACGCAUUCACCGACAAAUAGACGGCACGCCGCUUGCCCCUAGGCUCGGACAGCGUCCAGGAAGAUCUCCAGCGAACCGUGAAAUCAACCUCAGACUUAGACGAAGUCAGCGACUUCAGAGGAGUAUGAGACCAGAAUCUUCUCCAGUACCGCCUCACAUGGGAGAUGAAGUGGCAGCAGCAGCAGCAGCAGCGGAAAGCUCUUCUGCACAAAUGCAAGGGGAACAGCCAGCAGCAUCGACUAGUUCGUCCAAUGCAUCUGCACACAUGUCCUCUGCUACUCAUGAGCCUUUAAGGGCCCAAAGGCCAAUUCCUCCGAAUUGGAAACCACCAUUGGCCAUUGGUGAAUCUCUUGGAGAUAAUCUGAGCCGCCUGGAAGAAGCAGAGCGAUCAGCUCUUCAGUGGGAAGCUAUAAUCGAGAAUGCUCGCAUAACUCAGCCGUUAGCAGACUUAUCUGGUCUCGAAAAACAACUGGACAAAGCCAGACAGAGAUUCGCACAGAUGGAAGAAACCGAUGAAAACUUAAUGCCUAUUGAUGAGUUAGAGACAACCAAACGACAACGGGUUCAACAACGAAUAAGUCUUUUGAACGCAUCACUUGAGCGAAAUGAAUGUCCAGUUGGCAAUACCAACAUACGCGCCUCCAUCCAGGCGUAUCAGUCUGGACGUAUCAAGUGCUGGGACAAGUGGACGCUUCUGUAUGCUGGCAAUGUGGUAGACUUCUGUCCCUCAUACGAGUCUUUUACCCUUGAUCGAGAAGAGAGGUUAGAUCGAUAUCAUAGCAUGUACGGCGAUGGUUGGCUCUGGUAUGAGGCACCCUUAGCACCAAAGGGUAACUACCGACCUGAACAGUUAAUGGCUGCCACUUGGGCCCAGCCUUCUGGGUUUUCCGGCGUCCUGUCCGAAUAUCAUUCUCAUGCGUGGGCCAUUCAUAUGGGCUUCCAGCGCGUGAAGGGAUUUCACAGUCGCGUAGCCUCAAGGUUGAAUGACCCUGACCGUAUGAAGAAUGGAAAAGUCCUUCUGUAUCAGACGAGAAUGAGAGAGCAUGGCUCACCCGGGAGAGGUACGUGCUUUGUCGAAGAUGACAGUACGGCACCCCGAGUAUGCUUUAAGAUGCAACUCGACAGUGGGGCCACUCAUCCUUCUCUGCACAAUACCGAUAUGGACUAUCUGGGCAUCGACCGAAAGACGUACCCAGCGCAGACUCACGCUACAGUCGCAACUGCAAAUUCAGCCACAGUUGCGGCGAUGUAUGAAAUACGCGUUGACAUCUGUCGACACAACGGGGAGUCACUCGUGGGUGAAGAGCCAGUCUUUCCCAAUGAUCGUCGACAACUUGGUGGGAUCGUACCAGUCAUGGUAUUGGUUGAGUCAACAGAAGACCAAAGCGAACCAUUGGCCGAAUGGCAUAAAGAGGCAUUGAAGAAUGGCGAGGAUGUCUCCGAAGAAGCGAUGGCCGCACGUUAUAGGGGCGAAGACGAAUCCCGCUUGUCUGGAAUGCUUCCGUUUCAAGUGUGCUACUUCGCCGGAGUUCCUGGAGCAUCAACCUUCUGGUUUGGAGAAGACCGGCGCGAUGUACUCGGAGCAGAUCGCAUGCCAGGUCAGCAACGGUGGGAACGACACAAGAAAGCCCAUACCACAGAACGCCCGGUCGAAUUUGAGGACUUGGAUCGUCCAACGGUUAUAUUCGAACACCAGGGCAACAGUAUAAGACUUGUUGACAUGGACUCUAAGGAAGACAAGGGUACAAGCAUAUUGAGCAUUGAAAGACAAGUGACGUUGAAAGCAGGGGAGACCACGCAUGAAAGAGCCCUGCCAGGCAAUGGUAGUUCAAUUAAGUCAGGGUCAACGAAGAAGAAAAAGAGAGAGUAA